GUAGGCUUCCUGGUAUGUUGUUAUUGACCCUCAACUUCAUUUGCAAUGCAUAUGUGUUUGGGUGCGUCUCGCCAGCGCUGCCGUCCGUCCUACUCCAGUUCCCUGUGUGCGCUUUGACAUCGCAGGAUAGAGACUCAGAGAGAGAGCGUGAAAGAGAGCGUUGAUCACUGCAAAGCACCAUGGUGCUAUCAGAACUAGGAAGUAUAUAGUGUAUGUUUGAGCCUUUUUCUGAGGGGGUUAAAGAGGAGAGAAGGCCAGGAUGCUAACCAAGAAGAGGUAUGUUCUGGAGCCUCCCCAGGUGAAGGAAUACCUGGUUAAGGGAGAACGGUUCGUCAAAUGGUCGGAGGACUCCACCAAGACGGGUCCUGUCACUAUGAAGAUGGACCCAAAGGGAUAUUACCUGUACUGGACCAACCAAAGCAAGGAAACAACAUUCCUUGAUGUGGCCCACAUCAGAGACACCAGGAUAGGGAAAUAUGCCAAACUCCCUAAACACCCCAAGGUCCGUAACGUGUUCAACCUGGAUUUCCCAGACAGCAACCACCUUUCUAAAUCAAUGACCAUUGUCACGGGCAUGGACAUGGUGAACCUGACUUACUACAACUUCUUUGCCAGCAAGGAAAAAGUCACACCGAACUGGGCCGCGGACGUCCUUGCCAUUGCGUACAAUGCGUCGAGAAACAAUUCAUGUAGACAAAUCUUCCUGGAUAAAAUAUUUGUGCGCAUCUGUAUUCACACCAACAAGGAUGGCAAGAUCCCUGUGAAACACAUUUACAAAAUGUUCCCGGCAGACAAGAAGAGGGUUGAGAGUGCGCUAGCAGCCGCUCACCUCCCUAAAGGAAAGUACGACACCAUUAAGCCUGAUGUGUUCACUGAGGCCGCCUUCAAGAUCUUCCUCAUGAGCCUGUGUCCCCGGCCAGAGAUCUACGAGAUCUUCUCGUCCUACACUGCCAAGCCCUUCAUGACGAAGGACAUCUUCACCAAGUUCCUCAACGAGAAGCAGAGGGACUCUCGGCUCAACGAGGAGCUGUUCCCCCGCCUCAGGGCCGACCAGAUCAAGGCUCUGAUCGAAAAGUACGAGCCAGGCUCCAACAAGGGCCAGAUUUCUCCCGAGGGCCUGAUGUUUUACCUCAUGGGCUCGGAGACCUCCAUCAUCAUCCAGGACAGGCUGGCCACCUGCAACGACAUGACCCAGCCCAUACCUCACUACUUCAUCAAGUCCUCCCACAACACCUACCUCACAGCCGGCCAGUUCUCGGGCGUGUCCACCCCAGAGAUGUACCGCCAGUGCCUGCUCUCGGGCUGCCGGUGUCUGGAGCUCGACUGCUGGAAGGGCAAGCCCCCAGAUGAAGAGCCCUACAUCACCCACGGCUUCACCAUGACCACUGAGAUCCUCUUCAAGGAUGUGAUCGAAGCCAUCAACGAGAGUGCCUUCAAGACCUCCCCAUUCCCAGUGGUCCUCUCCUUUGAGAACCACGUGGACUCGGUGAAGCAGCAGGAGAAGAUGGCCAACUAUUGCAGAACCAUAUUUGGUGAUGCCCUGCUUACGGAACCGCUGGAGAAAUACCCUCUGAAGCCCGGUCAGCAGAUCCCCAGCCCCUCGGAGCUCAUGGGGAAGAUCCUGAUCAAGAACAAGAAGGGCCACGACAAGCCCGCCAUCGUGGAGCAGGCCCCGCUCCCAGAGGUGGGCGACGCAGCGACGGACCCCGCCGCUCCGGGAGCCCCCCCGGAGGCCCCGCCUGGUGAGAUGGACCCCCAGCACGCACUGCUCUGUCGUCUGUCCGGUGCUUCAGACGCCAAGGCGGCUGCUGUGGACGAGAACGAGGAGCAGGACGAUGCGGACGAGCAGGACGAGGAGAAGAUGAAGACCUCGGAUGAGGGCACAGCUGGACAGGAAGUCACGGCCUACGAAGCCAUGUCCUCUAUCGUCAACUACAUCCAGCCCAAUAAGUUCAUGUCUUUUGAAAACUCCAAAAAGAAGAACAAGAGUUACGGCAUCUCGUCUUUCGUGGAGACCAAAGGAGAAGCGAUGAUUGCCAAGAGUGCAGUGGAGUUCGUCGAAUAUAACCGGAGGCAGAUGAGCAGGAUCUACCCUAAAGGAACCAGGAUGGACUCCUCCAAUUACAAUCCCCAGCCCUUCUGGAACGCCGGGUGCCAGUUCGUGGCCCUCAACUAUCAGACUAUGGAUUUCCCCAUGCAGCUCAACAUGGCGUUGUUUGAGUACAACGGGAGGUCGGGUUACCUCCUCAAGCACGACGUCAUGCGACGCAACGACAAGAAGUUUGAUCCGUUCUGCGAGAGGAUAGACACCAUCGUGGCCAACACGCUGAGCAUCAAGAUCUACUCAGGGCAGUUCCUGAGCGACAAGAGUGUGAAGACAGGUGUGGAGGCGGAGAUUAUCGGACUGCCGGGAGAUCCCAAGAAAAAGUUCCGCACUAAAUGGACCGCCACGCCAAACGCCAUCAACCCUGUGUGGAACGAGGAGCCCUUCGUCUUUGACAAGAUCCUGCUCCCCGAAAUGGCCUCCCUCCGGCUCGUGGUCCACGAGGAGAACGGUAAAUUCCUGGGACACAGGAUCCUCCCUCUGGAUGCCAUUCAGUCAGGCUUCCAGCACAUCGCCCUCCGCAGCGAGGGCAACAUGGUGCUGACGCUGCCCGCCCUCUUUGUGUACAUCGAGAUCAAGGACUACAUCCCGGCCGCCUUCGCAGAUUUCACGGAUGCCUUGUUCAACCCAACAAAGGGCACAGAGAAGACCACCACCAAACCACAGGAGUCCUCCUCCUCCUACGUCAGCCCCUACGAGAUGCCCGCCGUUGCCGCCGUGGCGUCGGCCACUCCCGCUCCUGAUACAGCUAAAACUCCAGAGACCAAGACAGACGCCGUGGAACCGCCAGCGGCCGAGGCAGAGGCCACAAAGGCGGCAGAAGGAGAACCCAAAGCUGAGGAAGAACCAAAGGCUGAGGAGGCUGAGGAGGCUCCCAAGGCCGAAGAAGAACCCAAAGUUGAGGAGGCUCCAAAACCUGAAGAAGAACCCAAGGCUGAGGAAGAACCCAAAGCUGAGGAAGAACCCAAGGCUGCAGAAGAACCCAAGGCUGCAGAAGAACCCAAGGCUGCAGAAGAACCCAAGGCUGCAGAAGAACCCAAGGCUGCAGAAGAAGCCAAAGCUGCAGAGGAGGCGGAGGUCAUCCCAGAGGCCGCCUUAGAACCAGCACCCGGCACCGAACCUGAGCCCGCCCCUGAGGGGCCGGUCAGCGAGCCGGACCCCGGGGUGGAGCAGACUCCAGCCGCUGUGGUUCCCGUCGCGGUCGACUCUACUCCUCCUCCGGCCGCUGGAGACCCCACCACGGUGAGUGUUGAAGAGCUCCUCCAGCACAAGAACUACAUCAAGGUCACCAAGCGGCAGGAGAAGGAGAUAAAGGAGCUGGAGAAGAAGCUUCAGAAGAAACAGGAGGACCUGAUACAGAAAAGCACCGACAGCUUCAAGGCCUACAAGAAGAAGGGCUCCCUCAAGAAAAAGGAGGGGGAGGGGGAGUCGACCCAGGCUAACGAGCAGAAGGAGAAACUCCAAGGGGAUCUGAACACGCUGUUGGAAGAUCAGUGCAACCAGAUGAAGAAGAAGAAAGACACUCACGCCACUGAGAAACUGGCCAAGCUGCUGGAGUUGGCCACAGAGAAACACACCAGUGAAAUGAAGACACUUGAAAGCGAAAACAAAGACAGCAAGAAGAAGGGAAUGUCCAAACGUGCGUCCGAUAAAAAGCUGAAAAAGGCUGCGAGCGUGGAGAUGCUGGACGAACCAGCCCAGCCCGAUGGAGCUGACAACAGCCUGCAACAGGAGGCUCUGACCAAGAAACAGGCUGCCACCCUGGAGGAGAUCAAGGCCCUGGCCAACCAGUUCAACAAAGACUCGCUGGAGGAACGGGAGACGAGGAUGAGGUCACUGCCGGCCGAGGUGAAGAAGGCCACCAAUGCCUGCCUGAGCGACCACUACCCCGAACUGGUGGACAACUCGGAGGAUAAGAAGACGGAGGGAGAGAACACCUAUGGAGACGUAUUUAUGGGUUAGGAUGUGUGUUUGUGUGUGUGUGUGUGUGUGUGUAUUCGCUUGUGUUUGAGUGUGCAAAUGUUUGUGUGUGUGUGUGUGUUUGUGUGUGAGCGCUUGUGUGUGUGUGUGUAUGCGCUUGUGUGUGUGUGUGUAUGCAUUUGUGUUUGUGUGUGUGUGUGUAUAUGCGUUUGUGUAUGUAUAUGCGUUUGUGUGUGUGUGUGUUUGCGCUUGUCUGUUUGUAUGCGCUUGUGUGUGUAAGCAUUUUGUGUGUGUGUGUGUGUGUGUGUGCGUAUGUGCUCGUUGGUUUGUGUGUUUGUGUGUGUGUGUGCGUAUGUGCUCGUUGGUUUGUGUGUGUGUGUGUGUGUGUGUGUGCGUGUGUGUGUGUUUGUGUUUGUUGUGCGUGUGUGUGCGCUUGUCUGUGUGUGUAUGUGUUUGUGUGUGUAUGCGCUUGUGUGUUUGUGUAGACAAUUCUCCUUGAACCUCAGAUACCUCGUCUCCCAUCUCUCCCCACACUAUCGAUCCCCCUCAUGCCCACAACCUGUAGCUGACUCUAGAAACCGGAGAACAAUAACAAGAGGAAGAACACGCUAAUUAUCCAUUAGGAGAAAUAGGGGGGGCUAUUUUUGGGGUAUUUGCAUGGUUUUCACGGUAGCUAAGAGACAGCCUGCUCUCCUUCACUAAACAAUUGGAUUGUUUAUUUGAAGGUUGUGUCUUUUCUAUUUAUAUUGCUAGUCAGAAAAUAGUAAAGUAAUGAAUGGACCGUUGCCUUCAAGUCUACCUUUAGCUUUUGUUUACACAAUAUUUUACUAAAAUGCUAUUGUUAUUUAAAACGAAUUAUUCCAAUAAUUUUAAAUCAGAUUUUCAUUAAUCUACUCCGAACACUUGCAAAUGUAUCAAUCAACUAUGAAAUGUGUAUCCUGCAUAGCGAUUCUACGCUUUCAAU